GCCGACUCAAAUACUUAAAGACUUAAAUAGAACCCAUAGAUCCACUCAUUAGACUCAAACACUACAGUGGGGAGGUCUACACGUGUUUUAUUUCUUUCAUAUAGUUCUUAAAAGUGUUCUGCAAAUAUGACAAAAUCUGCUGGAUCAUAAAUAUACAUACAGAAAUGCUAAUAUUUGGCUUAAUUCGUCAAUUUUCUCCUCAGUUUGGUUCUUUUGGUUUUUAUCUUCAAGCUCCUGGUUUAUCUUUGCCUCCAUUGGACAGAAUUGGUUCAGUUCAACUAAAUCUGUUGUCCUUCUGACUCAGACUUAUUUCUUCAUCAGUCCACAGGUUCUUGGACUUUGUGCAGACCAGUCUAGAACCUUCAUUCUAGCCUGACUGAACCAUUUCUUUACCACGUCUGAUGUGUGUUUGGGCUCAUUGUUAAUUGAAAAUUAACCCUCUGCUGAUGAUUUUAGGUUUUCCUGAAGAACGUGAAAGUAAUCCUCCUUCUUCAUUGUUCCAUUUACUUUGUGCAAAGCUCCAGUUCUACAGAGCAUGAUACUGUCACCUCCAUGCUUGAUGGUAGUUUUGGUGUUCUUUAUUAAAGGCCUCACCUUCUCUCCUUCAAACAUAUUUCUGCUCAGUUUUUGUUCCAUAUGACCACAGAAAUUUCCUCCAGAAGACCUUUUCUUUGUCCAUGUGAUCAAAACAAACUUCAAUGGAGCUUUAAAGUUCUGCUUCGAGAAGAACUUCCUUCUUCAUGGAUCCUCUCAGCUCAUGUUGAUGUAAAACACUGUGGACACUGACAGCUGUGUUCCAGCAGCUUCUCAUUCAUUCAGAUCUGCUUUUUGAUGAUUCUUGGUUGAUUCUUGAUGAUCCUGACUGAUUCUCUCAGCAGCAGGUUAUAGUUUGUGUUUUCUUCCUGAUGGUGGCAGCAACACAACUGGACCAUGAACUUUAUACUGACAAACAGAUGAUUUUAGAGCUGAAGCUGCUUUAAAAUGGCUUCAAGUCACUUUCUAAGUUGUUCAUGUCAGUGAUUUGCUUUUUCAGAUCUUUGCCGAGUUCCUCAGACUUUCCACUGUAGUGUUUGAGUCUAAUGAGUGGAUCUAAUGGGUUCUAUUUAAACUGGAUCAGAGGAGUCAGCAGCUGUAGUCGACUGGAAUCAAUCUGGAGAAGCUAUAUCUAUAAAACAAUGGAUUUACCUUUUAAAAUGUGACAGGCUGAGGUUAUUAAACAAAUAUGUGAUAAUAUAAUAUCAAUAUAAUAUCAUUGUAUUUAUGAGAAACUGUUACCAUAAUGUGAGCUUUUACGUGUAAUUUAACAUAAAAAUGUUUGUUAGACUGACCUUAAAUGUUAGAAAAAUGAUGGCCUUGUGAAAAAUGAUUUAAUUCACACUGGAAAAAUGCAAACAAAAAUCAAAACAAAAAGGAAAAUUUCAGAAAAAUGGCAGAUCUGGUUUCCAUAUGUAAUGUAGUUUUAUAUUAGAUGUAUGUUUUAUUUUGUUUUUCCAAAAUGUUAAAAUCUGUGAAACUAAAUAGAAAAGAAAAUUAAUAAAAUUAUAAUUUUUAAAGUAUACAAUAAAUGCAGAUAUAUGUACCUUUGAAAAUAAUCAUAAUGUAUCAGCUAAAAAUCAAAAUAAAGGGGAAAAGCACCUAAAAAUUGUACUUAAAUACAGAAUAAAGACCUUUACAACUGAAUGUUAAUUCCACCUGUUCUACUGAGACCUGUAAGUUUGCUACAGGUGAAGUUUGCAUUCAUAUUUUAUUGUUGUCAGAAUGACUUUAUCAAGAAACAAACUUUUCGCUGCAGAAAUUAACCUAAUCUCUCAGGUUUAUUUAGUCCCUGCAAGUCCCCUAUGGGGCCGCGGGCCGCAGCUUGAGAGCCGGCAUCCUCAGUUGACUGCAGAGUGAUUAAAAAUGGAGCUCCAUGGAAACCUGCGGGCCAAUGGAGGAGCGUGAAGCUGUUUAUAGGGGGGUGUAGCGUUUCUAUGGAGCCGGACAAACCUCCUGCUGCAGGUAUUAAACCGAGAGAACCGGAGGAGGAGAACCAGAGAGAAGAACCGCAGGAACCGUUCUGUUCUGAUCUGAUGUGUUCUGAUCUGUCUGCAACUGUAAAGAAGACAACCAGCUGCUGAGAACAUUCAGUCUGAGUUAAACAUUCAGGAUUUAACAGAAAAUCAACAUUUCAGCUGAUAAAAGCCGGUGGUCGGUGGAGGAGGAGACUGAGCGGAGCUGGACGGAGUCAUGCUGUCUCUGAGCUGCGCGGACCCGUGGCCGGAGGGCUCGGUGGGUCUGGAGGAGGAGGUGGUGACGGCGGCUGCGCAGGCCGAGCAGCGGGACGCAGAGGGCGGCAGCGGCUGCUCGGUGAGUCUGGACGACAGCCUGACCAGCCUGCAGUGGCUCCAGGAGUUCUCCAUCCUGGGGGGAAACGUGCCGCAGCGCGUCCAGCAGCAGCACCUGUUCGGCCAGCUGGGCUCCGAGGCCCCGGCCUCCCCUCUGGCCGGUGAUCCUGCCUCCAUGGGGACGCCUCUGACCCCGGGGAAGCCCACGGCCGCGGCCUACAGCCGGUUACAGGCUCUACCAGGGAUCGUGGCUCAUGGACACUGUCCCGAUGACGUGGACUACAAGACAAACCCGCGCGUCAAACCUCCGUACUCGUACGCGACGCUCAUCUGCAUGGCGAUGAAGGCGAGCAAGAAGAGCAAGAUCACCUUGUCCAGCAUCUACCAGUGGAUCACCGACAACUACUGCUACUACCGACACGCUGACCCCACUUGGCAGAACUCCAUUCGACACAACCUGUCUCUCAAUAAGUGCUUCAUCAAGGUGCCUCGGCAGAAGGACGAGCCGGGGAAGGGAGGUUUCUGGAAGAUCGACCCGCAGUAUGCUGAGCGCCUCCUGAGUGGCGCCUACAAGAAGAGACGAAUGCCUCCGGUCCAGAUCAACCCGGCGCUGCAGAGCCGCCUAAGGGUCAACCUCCAGCCCCAGUCCAGAGGCCCCUGCAGCCCCACCGGAGGUCAGAUCAGCCUCUGCAUCAACCCAGAGUCCCAGCGGCUUCUGCGGGAGUUCGAAGAGGCAACUGGGGCCGACCAGAACUGGGACCCCCAUCUGGCCGAGGGGACCAUGCUGGGGUCCUGGCCAGUGGUCCGGGGAAGAGGUGGGCACAAGAGGAAACAGUCGCAGGGUUCCAGAAAUGGUGCCUCCAAGGCUCCCCGACGCUCCAGCUCCCCUCUGCUCUCUGUGGACGAGCAGAAGGAGAUCGGACCCCUGAAGGGGGACUUUGACUGGGACGCCCUGCUGGACUCGGCCCUCAGUGGGGAGCUGAGCCUGGAUGAAGGUGAACCUUUGAGCCCCAUCAUAAAAGACGAGGAACUGAUGGUUCGAGGGGCCCACAUCUCUCCUGUUGAAGCCCCGGCAGGGACAGCGGACAUCCAGAGGAGCUCCGACUUUGACGAGGAGACCUUCCUGGCCACGGCCUUCCUGGAGAGCCCCUGGCCAGAGGAGGACCAGGGUCGCAGUGAUUUUCUCUGCAGCUCCACCGUCAACCUGGACCAACUGUUCGGCCUUGAAGACUCUUUAGACCCCAGCACCCGGAUUGACCCCCUCCUCUGAGGAAUACUUGCUUUUGGGAUGUUCUUACACACUGAAAAUCCUUCUCGAUGCGACUGGGAAUAACAGACUUUUUUGUAAAACUUUAUUUUCCUUUUCAAGAUGUUUAAAGUAUUUUUAGAAUGACUUUUUGAUUCAUGCUGGGAAUACAUCCUCAAUGCCUACUGAACAAAGAUGCCACAACAUACAGCAGCACAAGUUCACAUCAUUGAAUCUGUUUUAGUGAAACAUGCAACAAAACCAAGUUUCCAGAGUUACAGCCUGGACACACUAGAAAGUAUCUCGGUGAAGUUAAGAUGCACGUCUCUCCUAAAUAAAGGACACUUUUCACUGCAGGAACUUGAGGUCUGUGUGAGGUGGCACUAAUGGUUAAGGGAAGCAUUCAUCAUGUUCAUCACGGCACUUCUGUUCCAAGUUGGAUGUAUCGGAUCAUUUAGAAGAAUUUUCCACUUCUUGAAAGUAGAAAACUGGUAAAUACAAUAACUAUGAUGUGGCAUGAAUGCAGCAUUAGGACAGAUUUAUUUUGCCACCACUGAUCCGUUGGAAUUCAUUGGUCUUGCAGUGAAAGUUCACUGUUUUAUGGUCCCUGUUUACAUCAUUCUAUUGGGGCAACGAGGAGCCAUGGGGAUAUUUUCAGAGGACACAUCUUUCUGUUUUUAAAAGGAAGAAACAACGGAAAGGAAUCAGCAGGUGGAAGGAGAUGAAGACUGGAGCACUAUGAUGAUGAUUUAUGAGAUAUUUGCCAAAUGAGGUUUUGUGUAGGGGUGAUUUACUGUAGUAGCUUGGUUAUCUUUUCUUUUUUCGCGUGGAGUUUUUUGGUACUAACUCUUCUCUGUAUGCAGUUCCCAAAAUGAACAAGGAUCAUUUGAACUAAUUCUGCAGGAUAGGUUGGCAGAAAAAAUGAAUCAGACUGAAGUAUUACUUGUAGAAGUACCGUAGUUAGUAUGCUCUUUCUUUGUGACUUUAUACCUGAUAGAUGCAAAGUAAACAGUAGAGGACUCAUGUCGGAGUUUGUAAAACGGCUCGAGGCAAAAUUCUCCAACAAAGACCUAUUAAGAGGUGAAAAUGCUCACUUUAAAAAGGUUUUGUAAAUGAAUACCCGACCUUCUAUGUGCCAAGAACAACACUUGGGACUCGACAGGGUGACUGUGCUUUUAUUGCACAGAGAGCAUGAAUAGAAGCCGGACUAAUCAAACCAAAUCACUGCGCAUGAAGACAGUUCCACAUGCAGUAGUUUCUCUCUAAAAUGUGUGAAAGUGCAAUCAACGUGAUGCUUGUUCUGUUUUGCAUUCAAUCCAUACAUGCAGUUUACUUCAGAGACAAUGCUUUCACUUUUUGUGUAUUCUGAGGUGCGAAUACGCUUCAACAGGAGAAGGACUCUUUGUAAAAACCAUCAAACAUGGUUGUCUUUUGGCUCUUCAAUCAAAUCUCACUUAAAACCACAAUAUUGGCAUCUUACCUCAUGAUUGGUUAUCACUGUUUUCUCUUUUACUUUCCUGUUUUUAUUUUAUUGUCCACUUUAUUUUGACAAUAAAAGCAAGUUUUACUGCA